ACCUCUCCUCCGGUUCCCUUCUCCACCCCAACAAACAUUUAACUAUCUACACUCUCCCUCAUUCUUGCCUACAUUGACAGCCUCGUCGCCUUAACUCUGCAAUCACCAUUCACUCGGCUCACCAUCAUCACCACCAUCAUCAUCAUCAUCAUCCUCAUCAUCAUCGAACAACGUCAGCGUCAUUGCUACUUGUGUACUUGUCUCUCCCGCUGCCAUUCUCAGGUUUCGUCUGAAUAAAGGAAGCUCUCCUUCCUUCUCUCCUUCUCUCCCUCGUCCCCCCCCUACUUUCUCUCCCUCUCUAUUUCACUCCCCCCCUUCAGUACCUUUUUGCCCGGCCAAGUUUGUUCCGAGUGCCAUCCAAGAACCUACACAAUAUAUUCACCGCUUUUCCACCUCCCCCGCAUCGUCAAACUCGUGCGAAUUAGCAGCCCGAUAAACAAAGGUCCUAGAUAAGCAGCAGGAGAGCAAGCAAGCAGAAGAACAGGAAGGCAACCUCUUAUCAAAAUGAAUAACCAUUGGACCAUAUCCACAUCUUCGGGGCGACGAGUUUCGCUCCUUUGCGAGGAGGAGGCCGCAUCCGAUUAUGCAUAUUCCUACGCUUCCUCGUCAUCAUCCCCAACACCACCCCUCUCCCCGGAUUACCGUCACAGGCCCUACAGCAUUCGCCAUGACUCGAUCGAAUCGGCCUCAUCUUCGUCCAGUUCGUUGGGAUCCAAUAUGUACUCCCCGCGAACGCCCCCAAACCUAAGCCUGCCACCCUUCGAGAAGCUCCUCCCCGUCCCCGAAGCCUCGUACUUCCCCCAAAUGCCCUCAUCCUCCGUAACUUCCUCGCCAAUACCCAGUCCGCCAAUCAUGAUGACGGCAACAUCAGAAGAGCUAUCGCCAACGAGUUCGCAAGCGCCAAUCUCCUCCGCGCCGCCAUCGCCAAAGACGGCGAGCGCAGCCAACGCGUCGCUCAAGAGGAGCUCACGCAGAUACACAUGUCAGUGCGGAAAGUCGUUCACCACGUCCGGACACCUAGCGCGACACACGAGAAUCCACACGGGGGAGAAGAAUUACGUUUGCCCGGAGACUGGGUGCGGGGCCAGGUUCAGCAGGCAGGACAAUUGCAUGCAGCACUACCGCACGCACCAGAGCGGGUCGGGGAGCAAGAGGGCUGCCAGGAAGCGGAGGAUGUCGGCUGAGUCUACGGAGGCCGUUGUCAACAAGCCGGAUAUGCACCCGCGAAUGCACUCGUAUCACACUCCGCAACCGGUUUCCUACAGCCAUUAUCCAGAAACCUUUGAUGGGGGGCUCACGGCUCUGGCGAACGCUGCUAUAUCGGGGUAUCCCUGAAGAGCUUUAUCUUUUUCCUUUUUCUUUCUUUUUUCUUCCUUUCCAUCAUUCCUCUUCCUCUAAUCAAAACAAAGGUGGUUUCCUAUCUUCGCUUCCUUGGUCCACUCUAUUCUCCAUUCGGCGCAUGGUCACCGGGAUCUAUUCGCUUCAUUAAUUGAUCUUCCCCUCCCCCCCCUCCCUUUUCCCUCUAUCCUUCCUUCACCUCAUCCGGUUGCUCUUUUCCCCUUUUGCCCUUUUAUCCUGCUCCCCUUCGCCUGUAAUAUUCCUCCUCCACCUGCCCAUGCACCUUUUUUGGACCCCCCCCUAAGCAAAGUAUAUCCUCUUACCACCUCCUCUACCACCCAAUUUCUCUCCUCAAACCUCCGGGGAGGCGUGGA